CAGGCAACAAAGGAGGAGAGGACGACAGCGACCCGAAACGGAGCAAAGUUUCUACAUACAGAUUCCAGCCAGAGAUAGCAAUGCGAUGACAAUUUGAAUGCGAUCAUGGGGUUGUGAAGAUGGAAAUGUGUACGACCGAGGGGGGCCGUUUUCUACACAAUAGACUCAACACAGCCGAUUCCCGGCGCUCUCGGAGGAGCGGACGGCGCUGACUGAUCGGGCAGCCAGCAGUGAGUGAGUGAGUGAGUGAGGCGGAGGCCGGAGGCAAGACCGAAGACCAAGACGGAGACGAGAGAGUAAGGACUGAGGCUGAAGGUCCGAGGCAGAAGCGAGGACUGACUGAGGACGGGAUCCGGAGGACUGAGUUGGAGGACGAACUAGCGAAGGCAGCAUGGAUGCUCGGAGCCACCGCCGUUCCAGUUAAACCGAGCUACAAUUCGAGUUCCUCGGAGCGGCGGUCCGAUCUACACGCCGGUACACGCUAGGGUGGCAAUCCUGUUUCUGCUGGAGACCCAUAUGACCGGACAGUUGGGGUAACAUUGGAUCUUCGCAGGUGGAGGGACUUCAGGAUGAAGAAGAUCACCCUCAAGACGAUAAGAAAGUCAUUCAACCUGAAGGGCAAAGAGGACGGAGAACUUGUCAUUCAGCAGCCGGCUCUCGCUGCUGAUUUUGCGAAAGACGAUUCGCUCUUUGCAGGAUGUUACAGCAAAGAGCUGGGAAGCUGUGAGCUCAACAGGGAGGAGGAGAAGUGCUCCAAGGGUCGUUCCAAGAGUGAGGGGCUCAUGGGAACGCUGAAGAGAAGGUUGUCGGCGAAGCAGAAACCCAAAGCCAAAGGGGGCUCCCCCUCUGGGGACUCUGUGGACGAGGACACCUUCUCCUCCUCCUCAGCACCCAUCAGCUUUAGUGACGCCAAGACACAACGGCCCUUGAGGUCCACGUCGCUCCGCAGCCACCAUUACAGCCCCACGCCCUGGCCCCUCCGACCGGCCACCUCUGAGCAGACCUGCAUUCAGAUGGAGGUAAAGGUGAAAGCUUUGGUGCACACUCCUGGCCCCAGCCCAGCUGUGAAUGGUGUGCGCAAGGACUUUCACGACCUCCAGAUGGAUGGACUUUUCCAGGAUUCCAGUGAACCGCUGAAGAACUCAGAACCUCUUAAUGGGGACUUGCAUCUAGAUAUUGAAAAUGUGCCUGUAGUUAUUGGCCUUACUCCUCAGGACUAUAUUCAGUAUACAAUGCCUUUGGAGGAGGGACUCUUCCCUGUGGAUGGCUCCCGACCCUUUUGCUUGGACAGCUCUUCACCUAUGGAGGUUGUGCCACAGCUGGACAGCAGCUCUCUGCAUGCGGAUGAGGGGCAAGAAGAGCCAGACCUGGUCAUGUCACCAGAUCUAUUCAUGGAACCAUCGUUGAGUGGACUCUUGAUGGGCUCAGCCAGUGUGGUAGUGGAUAACGCCAGCGCACAGGGCCUGCCCCCAUCGCCUCUUCUACCUCCCCUCCCCAACAGCCACUCCCACAGGAGCUUCCCAGGGUUCACUGGGGCGGACCCUCAGGUGGCAGAAAGGGUGAGACACCAUCUCAACUUCGACCCUAACUCUGCUCCUGGGGUGGGCAGGGUUUAUGAUGCAGUGCAGAGCAGCGGGGCCAUGGUGGUAACAAGUCUCACGACGGAGCUAAAGAAACUGGCCCGUCAAGGCUGGUACUGGGGACCCAUCACUCGCUGGGAGGCGGAGGAGAAGCUGGGGAACUUGUCAGAUGGCUCCUUCCUGGUGCGUGACAGUUCAGAUGAUCGCUAUCUCUUAAGCUUGAGCUUUCGCUCGCAGGGAAAGACUCUCCACACAAGGAUCGAGCAUUCCAAUGGCAGGUUCAGCUUUUACGAACAGCCUGACGUCGAAGGCCACACCUCUAUAGUGGAUCUCAUUGAACACUCUAUAAAGGACUCUGAAAAUGGAGCGUUUUGUUACUCGCGGUCCCGCUUGCCUGGGGCUGUGACCUACCCAGUGCGACUCACCAAUCCAGUGUCCCGCUUCAUGCAGGUGCGCUCGCUGCAGUACCUGUGCCGCUUUGUCAUUCGGCAGUACACAAGAAUAGACUUGAUUCAGAAAUUGCCUUUACCGAACAAAAUGAAAGAUUACCUGCAGGAGAAGCACUACUAACACUGCAGUGAGACUCCUGGGACCUUUGGGCAGUUUGCACUUUUGGGAUUAAUAAUACAAUAAAACAUAUUUUGCAUUCAUGGACAUUGUUUGGUGCCGUCACUUGCUUUGUGUGAAUAAAAGGUGAUGUUACCUGUUUGGUUGUGAAGUUCUCCCUUUAGUCCAACUUCACU